AUGAGCGAGUCAUCUCAUAGAAAGAGCAUUAUUGUGCUGCUUAUCUGCAUUGGUGGGAUAUAUGCUAGUUUCUUGACUUGGGGGUUCCUACAGGAGCAAAUAUCCAGUCAAAAAUUUGGGCCAGAUGCUCAAGUGUUCCAUGCUCCAUUCUUUAUAAAUUUGAUACAGAACUUGUUUGGAUUCAUAGUAGGGUGCAUCUACUUGAGCUACAAGAACUCAUAUGUCAAUAAGAAUGAAAGAGUCUCGGUAUUCCAAUCACAGCUAUUGAAAUCAUUAACUCUUGUUGCAUUGACUCAAUCAUUAUCUUCACCUAUUGGUCUUUCAUCAGUGGAACAUGUUGAUUAUUUACUCUACACUUUAGCCAAAAGUUGUAAAUUAAUACCGGUGAUGGUUGUUCAUAUUGUAUUAUACAAGAAGAGUUUCCCACCUUAUAAAUAUUUAGUUGCUGGUAUUGUCACUGCUGGUGUUGUUUUGUUUACACUUGGGAAUCCAUCAAAAAAAACUGGAAAUAGUUCAAGUUAUGGAAAUGUUCCAUUGGGUCUUUUCUACCUCUCCAUUUCGUUACUUUUGGAUGGACUUACAAAUUCAACUCAAGAUAUUUUAUUCAAAGAUAACAAGAAAUUAACAGGUGCUCAUUUAAUGUGUGGAUUGAACUUUGUUUCAUUUUGGUUAACUUUGGGAUACGCAGGAUUGUUAUCCAAUCAAUUACACUAUGCUCUAAAUUUCAUCAACACUUAUCCUUUGAUAUUAAAAGAAAUACUGCUUUAUGCCUUAUUUGGUGCAAUUGGUCAGAUAUUUAUCUUUAUCACAUUAGAGAAAUUCGGUUCUCUAAUAUUGGUCACCGUUACUGUUACCAGAAAGAUGAUGUCGAUGUUAUUAAGCGUUUUUUUAUUUGGUCAUGAUUUGGGCGUGUAUCAAUGGACAGGUCUAUUCUUAGUAUUUGGAGGUAUUGGAUUCGAGGCAUUCUUGAAAUUUCAACAAAAACCUGAUGCUACAUUAAAAGUUAAGAAAAAUUGA